UUCCGGUUCCGACCGCGGCUGCUUGAACAGAGUCACCUUAUCCAAUCGCCCUGGGGGCGGCGGCGCCACCACCACCAAGACCAGGGCUUCGAUGAGUUCCUGGGAGAGGAGGAGUUAAGUGGGCGGAGCCGCGGAGAACCGGAGCCGAGCAAAGCAAGAGGCAGCCUUUUCCGACGCGCCCUUUGUACAGCCUACCUCCAGUCAGGCCGCCGCCGCCGCCGCGAAGGGCUUUUCUGUGCCAAGGAGGGAACGGGGAAGCCGGUGCCGCGCCUAACUCCUCAGAAGGAAGCGCGUCGGCGUGGCGGCCGCAGCAGCCUCCGGCAUGGAGUACUUCUUUGCGCUCCUCCUGCAGCUGGCGAGCUUCUGGUUCGCCUCAGUGUUCCUGCUGAUCGUGCUGCCUUCCAUCUUCGGAGUCUCCUUGGGGAUCUCGGAGCUGUACCUCAAAGUUCUGAUGAAGACCUUGGAGUGGGCCACACUACGUAUUGAGAAGCAACAGAGAGAAAGACAGAAACUUCCUGCUUCAAAUGUUAUCAUACAGAGAGAUCAGACUACAAUGGAGAAAGCCAUUGCUGGCCUCCGCCAUGGCGACUUUGAGCUCUCGGACGUCUUUUAUUUCUGCAAAAAGGGGUUUGAAGCAAUUGUGGAAGAUGAAGUCACCCAAAGGUUCACCUCAGAGGAGCUGGUCUCCUGGAAUCUCCUCACCAGGACCAACGUCAACUUCUACUACAUCAGUUUACGUUUGACUGUGGUGUGGGUCAUUGGAGUCUUUGUGCGAUACUGUCUCUUGCUGCCUCUUCGGGUUACCUUGGCACACAUUGGGAUACUUUCCAUGAUUGCAGGCACCACACUGGUAGGCCAACUGCCAAACGGGGAAACCAAAGACUGGCUGAGUGACCUUGUCCAUCUCACCUGCUCCCGAAUCCUUGUCAGAGCUCUCUCUGGCCGCAUUUAUUACCACAACAAAGAGAACAAGCCUCAAAAGGGAGGAAUUUGUGUUGCUAACCACACAUCUCCGAUAGAUGUCAUCAUCUUGACAAAUGAUGGUUGUUAUGCAAUGGUUGGCCAAGCUCAUGGCGGCCUAAUGGGUGUUAUUCAGAGAGCCACCGUCAAGGCCUGCCCACAUGUUUGGUUUGAACGCUCUGAAAUGAAAGAUCGCCACCUAGUGACAAAAAGACUGAGGGAACAUGUUGCGAAUAAGGACAAACUGCCCAUUUUAAUUUUUCCAGAAGGCACUUGUAUAAACAACACCUCAGUAAUGAUGUUUAAAAAGGGAAGCUUUGAAAUAGGUGGCACAAUCUAUCCAGUUGCUAUCAAGUAUGACCCUCAGUUUGGGGAUGCCUUCUGGAACAGCAGCAAGUUUGGUAUAGUGAGCUACCUCCUGCGAAUCAUGACCAGCUGGGCCAUCGUAUGCCAUGUGUGGUAUCUUCCACCAGUGACAAGAGAGGAAGGGGAAGAUGCUGUUCACUUCGCCAACCGGGUGAAAUCCGCAAUUGCUCGCCAAGGAGGACUUACUGAACUGCCCUGGGAUGGAGGUCUGAAAAGAGACAAAGUGAAAGACACUUUCAAGGAAGAAGAGCAGAAAAACUACAGCAAGAUGAUAAUAGGAAAUGGAGCAUCAUCAAGUCGGUUGGUGGACUCAGACUGAUCUCUUCCCGCUGAUAUUUCCCCAUACCUCAUCGCUAUAGAAAAGUGUGGAUAUUUUUUCCCCAUUAGAAAAGAUAUGAAAUAAAAGCACCAAGUGCAGGCAGCGAAGGACAUUGCUUUGUUUCCUUAAGCUGUGGCUUGUUGGCGUACUACUGUCCACUGGUAAAUUCCCGCUUUUGAUGUCUGGAAAAAGAGAACUGGAUUGAAGCAGAACGGAAAAUCCCGGUGUUCUAAAAACGGGCUGCAACUUCUGAAUCUUUGCCCGAAUGGGGAAUGUACAUAAUAAUAAUUUAAAAAAUCAAGUCCAAGUUAUGUAGUUUGUACAAAUAACGGUCACAUUGUUAAAGUGGUUAUGGAAUGUUUGAACAAAUCCUCUUCUACGGUCACUCUGACGGAUUGCUGUGUGUCGAUUGUUUGAAUGAGAUGGUCUUACAUUUCCAAGGGUUUGUUUUGAUGAGUGCAUUUGUGGUUUUUGGGAGAGAGUAAAUGGCUUGAGCGUUACCAACAGCCUGCAGUGUUACCAACAGCCUGCAGACUUUUUUUUUAAGCUUGUUUCUUGUGGAAAUCCGCUCCAUCUUGCAAAAGAACUGUCUGGAACCAUGUUUGAUAUAGUCUGGGUAUCUCUUCUCUCCCUUCCUACCCCCUGCCCAAGAAAAAAGGGGCAAGGGAUUUAAAAGCUCUGUGUGGUAUCCAACUAAACAGUUCUGCUAGUGCAAGCACUUCUGGUGUGCAAGGAAACUUCCCUCUCCUCUCCUGCUUGCUCUCUGUGUCUUGUGGGGUUUUCCCUAACCUUCCAGAGCAAAUGUAGGGGGCAUGCGGAAUAUGCACAAGUAGAGGGCAGUAAAGUUCCGUUGCACAGCCAAAAGUGCUAGUGCCAAAGGAAGUGUUUUGCUGGAUAUAGCCUUCUGCCCUUUCAGAUCACUCUCUUCCUUUAUGCUAAAAGUUGGAAAGAAAAAUAUUUUUGGCAAACAAACAUUUGGUGAAGUGUGCUUCUCCCAUGCUCUGUGUUGGCAGCCGCCUAUAUGUCUGUCUGUCACUUACUGUAUGAGAAAUGUCAUGUUGCCUUAUUGUAAAUUGAAAUAAAUUCUAUAUUUCUAA